AUAAGUAACGCAGUGAUCAGCAGUCAUCGAUCGAAUGUCGUCAAGAGAAGAAAGACUCGAAGAAGGGAGCGGGCGGGGGCGGCGGGGAAAACCGGGGCCACUGGGUGGCCGUCGCCAGGCUCCGGAUCCGGAGUGGCAGCUGGAUCCCUGCCGGAGCCCGCCCCAAGUCGCGGCUGUGGGGAACUGUUCGGGCGCCACUCGAGCGAGAGUUCGAGCAGCUUUCAUGCGGACAACGGCGCCCUUAGAGAAAGUUAGACAAGCUCGAGCUGCUAACAGAGAGAGAUCGCGGAUCUGCCGACAUACACUGCCGAUCGACAAACCACCUCCUAUGGGUCGGCCACAGAGACGCCCCAGGACGACCGUCCCUCAGAAGAUAAUGAAAGAUAAGAAAAACACAAGAGGCCAGACAAUAACACAGAGUUUAAGCGUUAUACGCGCAUCAAAAAGGAGUUCGAUCUACUUGUCAGUUUAUAUACGGCAGGUUGUGCGUGUUUUCGGUCAGGGGACGGAAUCGGUACUUGGCACCAGCACUUCGCAGUUGGACCGGCCCUCGUGGGAGAUGCCUCAGCUGGUGUUGUGGCACUCAUGUGGGAGGACGUGAAAGAAUCGGAGGCACGACUAUCCUGAAAUACCUCGGACACACCGGCUCCGUGAACUGGACUCUCUCGCUCGUAUUCACCCCAAGAGACACACCUCUGACUGUUCGGUCGCCGGGGAUUCCAGUGCCCAUAUUUGGAAGUAUUCCUCAGGGGACGCACGCACGGCAGAGAAGCAGUAGUGGAAACCCAAUGGACAGAUCGACAACGAGCACGACUCGUCUGGUGAAGAGAGGAAUCUGUCGGAUGAGGACCCGACGGUCGACACGCCGUUCCCGUUGCCACGGUGAAGCAGCGUGCGAGUGCUGACUGAGCACAGAGCUCCGGUGAUGGGCGUGCGACUGGUUGGCUGACGGGCACCAGCUGUCACCGCGUCCCUGGAUCACACAGCCAAACUGUGGGACAUAGAAUCUGGACAGAUCAUCCACUCUCUUGAAG